GGCUCUUAGACUGAGAGGACAAGAAUCAUGCAAAGAUUAGUUUGAUGUCUAGUUAGAGGAACUUGGCAUUCAUAGUGGGAGUUCUAACCCCUAAUAAAAACCGUGAAAGAAUGAGAACACCGAGAUCUAUACACCCCUUCUUGUUAUUAGUGUGUGGAGUAGUGGGGUUAUCGUUAGGAGAAUUUAUGCCUUAUAAGAUUCGGUUCACGGUGGUGAAAUCUCUGACAGGAGGGAGACAAGGACCCACAACUUCAUGUCCUGACAGCACCUGGCAGAUUUCAUUGACGCAGUACUUACAGGACAAGAUUGAUUUGAUUCCUCUGGACAUUGAUUACAUUAGCGUGCAGUUUAUCAACAUAACAACGAAAUCUCCGAUACGGAGUGUUUUGGUGCCCCCUGGCGGAGGGCCCUGUUACCAGGAUCAGGCCAGUCCAGAAGAUGUCAUUCCUUCAUCGAAAGUCCAUGGCUACUGUAAAGGACUGAAACAUACCGAUAACAUUAACACCGAGACCAUUUUGGUGAAGAAGACGUUUAAAGAAUCAUGUCGACUGAAAAUCUCACGUGAGUGUAACGAGACUGUGUAUGAUGCUCACUGUGUGCCCUGUGGCAGUGGCUGUACAGAGGACUGUUACGUGGUGAGUGGGACUUGUAAAGGGGAGUACGUGUGUGAGGAGCCCUAUACAGAUCUGUUCUGUAACACAACUUGUGAAGGCGAUAGAUACGGACCCUCCUGUGGUGAGACAUGUAGCCCGAAUUGUCUCACUCAGCCUCGGUCUGGGGACCGGAACUGUUCACAGUCAGACGGAACCUGUCUAUUGGGCUGUUUAACAGGCUGGCAGGGGAACAAAUGCGACAAAAUUUGUUCACCCGGUACAUUCGGAGAUGGAUGUAAAAGUACAUGUGUUGGGAACUGCCUUGAAGGAGACACUUGUUCUCACAUCAAUGGGACCUGUCCCCGGGGUUGUGAUAAAGGGUGGGAAAAUUUCCAUCCUUGUGAUAAGUCUUGUACAAACAACACGUAUGGUGUCGGCUGCUCCCAAACCUGCAGUACAGGAUGUGUCGACGGCGAAUGUGAUAGAAGAAAUGGAACGUGUUUGAAGGGAUGUCGAGAAGGAUCUAGGGGACCCAAAUGUUCAAAGUGCCCCAAAGGAACAUACGGGAAGAACUGUGCAUUUAACUGUGGAGAAUUCUGUGGGAACGGGACGUGUGACUUAGUAACCGGAACUUGUCCACAGGGACAGUGUGCUAGAGGGUGGAGUGGUCCCAAGUGUGAUGUGGAUACCUGUUUGUAUACGUAUGGUAAGUAUAAUCAAAUAUGGGGGGGGGGGGGUAAUAUUGCGCAGUAUUUAUGA